GUUUGCUAUCUCGGUCUUCCUUUCUUUUGCUGGGGGUAGCAACAGCAGUGUGGAGGUCUUCCUCUUAAAAUGUGGGGCCAGCCCCUCUAUCUGCCCAGGAGGACCCCUUCAGAAAUUCAAGUCUAAUUUUUCUGAGUUUUAGCUCAUACUUAUGAAGGGAGUCCUUAAGGCCAUGCGGUGCCUCUUUGACAGCCAAGACAAGCGGCACGAUCCAGUUCUUCUCCCUGAUGGUGUGACUGUGGUUCUGGGCAGAGGGCCUGAAACACUUGUCACUGAUAAAAAGUGUUCCCGAAAACAAGUGGAGUUGCUGGCAAAUUAUGCCUACCGAUCAGUUCGAGUCACCCAGCGAGGGGUAAACCCCACAUCUGUGGAGGAGAUACACCUGCGCUGUGGGGACAGCACGACGCUCCAAGAGGGCGAGACUCUGCGCUUGGUGAAUGGACUGUAUCCAUAUCGCAUCCGCUUUGAGCAAGACUCCAGCUCCCCAAAGAAAAACCUGCUGCAGUUCUUCAGCCCCAAGCGGCCCCUGAAGAAGGAGGAGGACGACGGCAGCAGCCGGCCCAAGCGGCCCAAGGUCUCCUCCCCUUCCAAGGAGGAGGAAGAUGACGACGACCCAUCCGUGGUUGAGAAGCUGAGGCAGCUGCAGGAGAUGGCAGCUCGGGCAGAAAUGAGCCGCCAGCCUUCCCAGCAGCCUCCCUCUAAGCUGGCUGCCCAGCCCUCGGACUCCUGGGAGGAGCACGGCAAGCUCAUGGUCUUCACGAAGAAAGGGGUGGCACCCAGCGCUAAAGUUGCAGGGUUUGAUCUGGACGGAACCCUCAUCACAACACAGUCUGGGAAAGUGUUUCCUACAAGCCCUGACGACUGGAGGAUCCUGUACCCUGAGGUACCCCGUAAGCUGAAGCAGCUUCAGAGUGAGGGGUACAAGCUUGUGAUCUUCACCAACCAGCUGGGAAUCAGCCGUGGGCGCCUGAGGCCUGAAGUGUUCAAAGCCAAAGUGGAAGCCGUGAUGGAGCGGCUGGGCGUCCCGCUUCAGGUGUUUGUGGCGACCGGCUCCGGCAUUUACCGCAAACCUGUCCUUGGCAUGUGGGAUCAUCUGUGCGAGAAGGCGAAUGGCGGCUUAGCGGUGGCUUUGCAACAAAGUGUCUACGUGGGAGAUGCAGCUGGACGUCCACCAAAUUGGGCCCCUGGACAUAAGAAGAAAGAUUUCUCCUGCAGUGACCGCCUGUUUGCUCUGAAUGCCGGGCUUCCUUUCCACACCCCUGAAGAGUAUUUCCUGGGCUGGAAAAAGGCAUCAUUUGCGCUCCCCAACUUUGACCCGCGGGCGCUGGAUCCCAAGGCACGGCUGUACGAUCCCCCGGACGCUUGCCUGACCUCAUCCUCCCCAGAGCUGGUUGUGGCUGUUGGCUUCCCUGCGGCUGGCAAGUCAAGUUUUUUAAAGCAACAUUUGGCCUCUGCUGGUUACGCCUACGCCAACCGGGACACACUUGGUUCGUGGCAGAAGUGUGUGGCUUUAUGCCACACAUCGCUGCAGGCAGGGAAGAGCGUAACGGUGGACAACACCAAUCCAGACCUGGAAUCGAGGCGGAGGUACAUUGAGUGUGCCAAGGAGGCUGGUGUCCCCUGCCGGUGUUUCCUCUUUACCGCCUCGUUGGAACAAGCCAAGCACAACAACAGAUUUCGGGAAAUGACGGAAAAGGGACAUGUGCCUGUUAACGAUAUUGUCCUCAACACUUAUAAGAGUAAGUACGUGGAGCCAUCGCUGGAGGAGGGUUUCUCUGAAAUCCUCAAGAUUCACUUUGUGCCUCAGUUCACAGACUCUCAACUAGAGUCGCUUUACCGGCAGUUUUCGGAGGGGUGAGGGCGAAGCCGCAGCACCCGUUGGCUGGAGCCGUUUUGAAGUGUAGGAGGCGCGCUUACGGAGUGCGUGAGCUCCCCCUGCUGGUCAAAGGGGAACUUUGCCUUUGCCUGGAGUCUGUCCUCAGGCUGCUUGAAAGUGGAGCAAACUAGGAUAUGAUUCUCCUUCCCCUUCUACCUUUUAGAAGCAAGGUGAAAUAAAGUUUUGGAAUGCAAA